UGUGUCUCAGUAUUUCCGCAGUAAAAUGGCAGAAGCCAGAAUUUCAGUGGGUCAGAAGGAGUUCAUGUGUUCAGUGUGUCUGGAUCUCCUGAAGGAUCCAGUGACCAUUCCCUGUGGACACAGUUACUGUAAGAGCUGUAUUACAGACUGCUGGGAUCAGGAGGAUCAGACGAGAGUCUACAGCUGCCCUCAGUGCAAUCAGACCUUCAGUCCAAGACCUGCUUUAGCUACAAACACCAUCCUGGCUGAAGUGGUGGACAGACUUAUGAAGACCAGACUCUCUGAUGACUGUUACGCUGGAGUUGGAGAUGUGCAGUGUGACAUCUGUACUGGAAGAAAAUACAGAGCCGUCAAGUCCUGUCUGGUGUGUCUGAAGUCCUACUGUCAGAAUCACCUUGAACAACAUGAGAGUUGGUUUAGAGGACCGAGGCACAGUUUGAUUGAAGCCACUGGACGACUGCAGGAGAUGAUCUGUCAGAAACAUGAGAAGCUCCUUGAGGUUUUCUGUCGCACUGAUCAGAAGUGUAUAUGUGUGCUGUGUACGAUGGAUGAACAUCAAAACCACAACACUGUAUCAGCUGCAGCACACAGGACAGAGAAACAGAAGCAGCUGAAGGAGACGCAGAAGACGCUCCAGCAGAGAAUCCAGCAGAGAGAGAAAGAUCUCCAGCAGCUGAGAGAGACUGUGGAGUUUCAUAAGCGCUCUGCACAGACAGCAGUGGAGGACAGUGAGAGGAUCUUUACUGAGCUCAUCCGCUCCAUUGAGAGAAGCCGCUCUGAGCUGAUGCGACUGAUCAGAGAUCAGGAAAAGACUGCAGUGAGUCGAGCUGAAGAACGACUGGAGCGACUGGAGCAAGAGAUCAAUGAUCUGAGGAGGAGAGACGCUGAGCUGGAGCAGCUUUCACACACACAGGAUCACAUCCAGUUCCUGCAGAGUUUCCAGUCUCUCUCAGCAGCUCCUGAAUCUACAGACGUAAAUGAUGAUCUCUUCAGUUCUCUCUUCUCUUCUGAUGAUCUGAGAGAAUCUGUCCAUCGGCUGAGAGACAAACUGGAGGAUUUCUGCAAAGAGGAGAUCAAGAAGAUCUCAGACAGAGUUGCAUUCAUCAGGACCAAGAGCAACUUCCUACAAUAUUCCCGUCAGUUCACUCCGGAUCUGAACACAGCAUUUAAACACCUCCGUCUGUCUGAGAACAACAGAGAGCUAACUAACACUAACACAGAUCAGCCGUAUCCUGGUCAUCCAGACAGAUUUGAUAAUUGGCCUCAGGUGUUGUGUAGAGAGAGUGUGUGUGGACGCUGUUACUGGGAGAUUGAGUGGAGCGGAGGUGAUGGUGUGUCUACAUCAGUGUCAUAUAAGAGCAUCGGCAGGAAGGGAGGUAGGGAGUGUGUGUUUGGACGUAAUGAUCAGUCCUGGAAUUUUUACUGCACUCCCUCCAGUUGCACAUUUGUACACAAAAAUAUAGAUACUGUUCUCCCGAUAAAGUCCAUCAUCAGUAGAAUAGGAGUGUUUGUGGAUUACAGUGCAGGAACUGUGUCCUUUUUCAGCGUCUCUGACACAAUGAGCCUCAUCCACACAUUCCAGACCACAUUCACUCAGCCGCUCUAUCCUGGGUUUUGGGUUGGUUCUGGAUCAAGAAUGAAACUGUGUUGAUGAAUAAAAAUAGGCUGAUGAGAGAUUCUACCCAUAAUGCUUUGAGCUGUAUGAUUAAUCAGUAACAGUGAGAUGUUAUAGAGUCUUUUCUCCUAAUGACAAUAAUACCGCAGCUGAAAUUCUUUCACUGAAAUAACUAUCAGAUUAAAUGUAAUAAAUCCUCAUAUAGAGAGUAA